GACUCAAGCCCUGCCCUUUAGCAUUUUCCUUCCAUUGCAGAGCCGAAGACCUCAAAUCCAUUCAAAAAAAAUAAAAAUGGAGGGAAUAUCGUACCAGCGAUUCCCUAAGGUUAAAAUCAGAGAGCUGAAGGAUGACUACGCUAAAUUUGAGCUUCGCGAUACCGAUGCCUCCAUGGCCAAUGCCCUCCGCCGCGUCAUGAUCUCCGAGGUCCCCACCAUCGCUAUUGACCUCGUCGAAAUCGAAGUCAACUCCUCCGUCCUUAACGACGAGUUCAUUGCCCAUCGCCUCGGUCUCAUCCCUCUCACCAGCGAACGCGCCAUGUCUAUGCGCUUCUCCCGUGACUGUGACGCUUGCGACGGUGACGGUCAGUGCGAGUUCUGCUCCGUUGAGUUCCAUCUUCGCGCCAAAUGCAUUUCCGAUCAAACCCUCGACGUUACCAGCAAGGAUCUCUAUAGUUCGGACCAUACUGUUGUUCCCGUCGAUUUCACCGAUAACGCUGGCUACGAUUCCACUGAGCCUAGAGGGAUUAUUAUUGUGAAGUUACGGCGAGGGCAAGAACUGAGGCUGAGGGCAAUUGCUAGGAAAGGGAUAGGGAAAGAUCACGCCAAAUGGUCACCUGCUGCGACGGUGACUUUUAUGUAUGAACCUGAGAUUCAUAUCAAUGAAGAUUUGAUGGAAAGCUUGACGCUUGAAGAGAAGCUAAGCUUUGUUGAGAGCAGUCCAACUAAAGUCUUUGACAUUGACCCAAAUACCCAACAGGUUGUGGUGGUUGAUCCAGAGGCGUAUACCUAUGACGAUGAGGUGCUAAAGAAAGCUGAAGCUAUGGGCAAGCCCGGUCUUGUGGAGAUAUAUGCCAAAGAAGACAGUUUCAUCUUUACAGUUGAAUCCACUGGUGCGAUCAAAGCUUCUCAGUUGGUUCUUAAUGCUAUAGAAAUCCUGAAACAGAAGCUGGAUGCAGUUCGCCUGUCUGAGGAUACUGUGGAAGCUGAUGAUCAGUUUGGUGAACUAGGUGCCCAUAUGCGAGGAGGAUGAUCUGCUUGUAAUUAAGAACUAGCCAUUGACAUUUGUAGGUUUCAGAAAAGGCGUGUUUACAUCUAACUAACUUCCUUUUGUUUAAAACUCUUGAGAUAUUUUGGGUAGAACAGACUACUUGUUUUCCUUGAUGAAAAUUGUCAGCUAUAUGCCAUCUGUUUUAAACUUAAAAGCCAGCAAAGCAUGGACGUAGCUUAUUACUUUGUCCAAACUA